CUUUAAUAAGCAGUCGUUAUGAUCUGUACUAUACUUGUUAUUAUUCUGGCAAAUAACAAACGUAUUUAAGUAUGGUACCUGUACAAGAUCACGAAUAGAAACCGGAUUUAGCAUAAUUAUAUAAUUAUUAUCCUCAUCAAGGCUCAUGUUCGGUUGACGCACGUGUUUAUAUACUAAGCAAGAUUCUCGAGAAUUUAACGUGUUGAACUUUGUGUAAAUUAUUCGUAUUCGUACAGUCGCUAUCGAAGAUGAAGAAAGUGUUAUUUUUUGCGUUUUUAUACAUAAUACCUAGAGACAUAAGUGAAUGUACUCGUACUUUUGAUGUGGAUCUCCAGCCGAAUGAAGAUAUACAAAUAAUUAAAGCCGAAGACGACGAUCGUUGGUCAUGGGGUUAUGUGGAUAUAACAAAAGUUCAAACUGUGGCUACUGAGUCAUCUAUAACAGAGAGAUAUGCACAAGGAGGGAUAGACUGCAAUGCGACAUCUAAACCUAUGCCUGACUUCAAUAAACCUGGCAGAAGAAUCAGUGAAAUAAAAUGUUACGAGUACAUAUGGUACAACAAAGAUCGAGAGGAAAAACGUCAAAGGAAAGAGAGAUGUGGUCUUCCCGCCAAUUAUCCGCCUCCUGGUUCUAUCACAGGUGGAUUUGAUGCAGCUCUCGGAGAAUUCCCACACAUGUGUGCCUUGGGCUGGAAGGCUGUCGUUGGUACUUGGAUCUUCAAAUGUGGAGGUACACUCAUCAGCGCCAACUUCGUAUUGACCGCCGCGCACUGCACGCAAGCGUCGUCGUUGGAUACUUCAAUCACUGAGGUCGAUCCCAAGAUUAUAAGAUUUGGUGAUAAGAAUAUCAUCGAUGCUGAACGUGGCUUCUUGUACUUUCAGCCUACAGACGCGAACAUCAAGAGAAUAAUCGUUCAUCCCCAAUACAAUUCCCCUAAGAAAUAUUACGACAUAGCCCUUAUCGAAGUGGACAAAGAGUUUACUUUUGACAAGAACCUCCAACCUGCAUGUUUGUGGAGUCAAUUUGACACCAGUCCACUUGGCACGAGGGCCUAUAUUACUGGAUGGGGUGUUAUAGAGUCAGGUACUCUUAAAACACGUCCUGAACUUCAAAAAGCUGAAGUAGAUCUGAUAAGUUCCGAGACCUGUGAUCAGCUGCUACGACCAAAGUGUAACAGACAUUGGUGUGGUAUAGAAGAUACCCAAAUAUGUGCUGGAGUACUCAGUGGAGGAAUAGACAGCUGUCAGGGUGACUCAGGAGGUCCGCUUCAGGUGAAGAUCAACCUUCCCCCCAACGCAGAAGGAGCUAUGUAUUAUCUCAUUGGUGUGACGUCAUUCGGCUUCGAAUGCUCUCGUAAAGAUACGCCAGGAAUUUACACCAGGGUAUCAGCUUUUGUAGACUGGAUCGAAAGUGUUGUUUGGAAAUAGAAAUAUAAUAUUUUUAUGAA